ACUGCUUCCUUGACCCGAACCAUCAUGUCCAAAUAUGCCCCGCAUCAUCGCUCAACCAACAACCCUAGUGCGACCUCGUCUACUAUAUGCCAAAAGUGCCUAGGGAGAGGACAUUUCACAUAUCAGUGCAAGAACUCCCGCCCGUACGUAUCGCGACCGUCAAGGACACAGCAAUUGGAGAAUCCCCGUGUGCUGGCCAAGUUGAAGGCAGAGGGAAAGCCCUCAGUGGAGGUGCCGGAAGAGUUUAAAAACCCGAAAGGCACUGCCAAUAAGAUCUUAGCUACCAAAGAGAAGGAGAGGAAGGAGAAGGAGAAUGCUGCUGCUGCUGCUGCUGCUGCUGCUGCUGCUGGGAGCUCAAAACGGAAGAAGAGGGCAAGAUCAAGCUCUUCUUCAGAUUCAACUUCAGAUUUAGAUUCGGAUUCGGACUCGUCGUCUGGCUCUGACAGUGAUUCGGAGUCGGCUUCCUCGGAAUCGUCUAGCCGAUUCCGAGGUCGCGAACGAAAGCGACGACGAAGCAGAAGUCGUUCAUCCUCCUCCUCGUCGGGAUCAAGAGGAAGAAGAUCAUAGGGCACUUGUCGUAUGUGCUUUAGCCGCUGGUUUUCAAGUUCGCGUUUCUCUGGUUGCAGGAGUGUCAUAUCUUUAACACGCUUCCUUUUGUUGUCCUUGCAAUGCACUUGAUACUGUGUAUUGAAGAAUCACCGCAAAGACUGAUGGCCUAUGUUAAAUUUAUCUAAUGGGUACAAUCUAAAUGCGUGCGAGAUACGGCGUCAGUAUCUAAGUAUCUUCAAAGGAAUAAAAAU